GCCGAAAGCCGGAAGCUGGAGAAGACAGCGUGUGACGAACGAGACGCCCCCCCCCCACCAGAUCCCCGCUCUGCUACCGAGAUACCUAUCACGUGGGUUUAGCGACUUGCAAUAUUCUGGUUGGAUCGUGCUCUGCUGCAGAGGGCGUGGGAGCGGAACCUCGGGAUUGCCAUUUUGCACAUAAAUAUUUAUCCACGUAUAUAUAUCGUCGAAAACAGCUGCCCGGUAAACUGUAGGCAGAGAGGGAGAACGACGACAACAAACGAGGGGCUGUGACAAACUGUUUAUUUGACGAUAUAUCACCACACCUAUAUCUAAGACAGUAACCCCUUCUGGAUGAUGCAAGGCGUAAUGGUGUGUGGUCCUUUGGCUUCAACAGAGUACUUGUGGAAAGGCAAGGCCCACUCGCUUUGCAGGCCCACUCGGCAAGGAAUGCAAAGAGCUGCAUUCACAUUUCCCUAACCACCACGUGCUCGCUUGGCAGAGCAAGUCCCCUCAUUCACUUUCGAGAACUGGAGUUGUAUGCCUUGGCGCUUUGCGCCGGAUAAAGCGACCGACAUUGUAAGAGGCCAGCCGCAGCAACUCGUCGCCAAACUCGCCCAGCCAAACAAUUUGUGCUUUUCUCCUCUCGCACAGCGGAAGAUGGUAGAAGGCAUGUCGCUUGAUUGACUAAGGUUUGUAUCGACGGAAAUCCUCAAAAGCGCUAUCCCUCAUGCCGAGUCUUGGAUAAGCGCCCCCCCACAGAUCUGAGCUUGGCAAAGCCAGCUGCUGUUUUUUUUCGAGUCGUCGGGGAUUGCGUGUCAUAACCAGCUCUGCUGAAAUGGUUGACCAUGGUGAUGAUGAUAGAUAUGCCGGGCAUCUGGACAUAGGAGACAUCAUGGGGGAUGCAGAUGGACUUCACGAGGAAGACAUCAGCGAUGAGGACAUUGAUAUCGAUGAGCUGGAGAGGCGGAUGUGGCGGGAUCGCCUGAAGUUGCGGCGAAUCAAGGAACUUCAAAGAACGAGAGAACUGACCGACAGACCCAAGCAGAAACAGUCUCAGGAGCAGGCGAGGAGGAAGAAGAUGUCGCGUGCGCACGAUGGCAUCCUCAAAUACAUGCUGAAAAUGAUGGAGGUGUGCAAAGCCCAGGGGUUUGUCUAUGGAAUCAUCCCAGAGAAGGGCAAGCCGGUGGGAGGCAGUUCUGAUAAUCUACGUGCAUGGUGGAAGGACAGAGUCCGUUUUGAUCGGAACGGCCCGCUUGCGGCACAGAAGUAUGCUGCAGAGCACUGCCAAAGCAGAGUGUUAGUUGAUCCUUCCAUCUCCACACCGCACACAUUACAAGAUCUCCAGGACACAACACUCGGGUCCCUCUUGUCCGCCCUGAUGCAGCAUUGUGACCCAAAGCAACGCCAGUUCCCGCUUGAGAAGGGUGCGCCGCCGCCUUGGUGGCCUACGGGUGAUGAAGACUGGUGGCCUCAGCUGGGCUUGCCGAGAGGGCAAGGGCCGCCUCCUUAUAAAAAACCCCAUGACCUUAAGAAGGCAUGGAAGGUUGGCGUCCUUACCGCUGUCAUCAAGCACAUGUCCCCGAAUAUCUCAAAAAUACGCAAACUUGUACGGCAGUCCAAGUGCCUGCAGGACAAGAUGACGGCACGAGAGAGCGCCACAUGGGUCGGCGUUCUCAAUCAGGAGGAAGCUCUUGCUCGCAUGGCACACGGCAGCGGGAUUCAAGGUGCAAGAAGCAGUGGCAUGUGUCAGCUUGCGAAACCAGUCCCGUGCGGCAGACCAAAGACAGCCUUGGUUUCCACAUCUCUGGGGGCUCCCGGAAGUGCCUACAACGGACAAUACCUCAGCAACAUGCCAGCUUUGGCACAGUUUGCGCGUCAUCGAAGUUCGGACAGCUACGACUUCGACGACGAGGAUUGCGAUGCCUACAAGCCAAAUGUGAAUUUGGAAGUGGGAGUUCUCAGUGGGUUGAUGCAUCCGAUGGCCGAGUCGCCACUAAGCCGAAACACUCACAGCACGUGCAGCCGAAGCUCAUCCGACUCCGCGGAAGCACAGGGCAUGGAUAACAUCGUCAGGAUUGCAGAUGGGGACAGUCUUAUGACCUCCGGAACGUAUAAGAAAAGGCGUACCUCCGGGGAAGUUCUAGAGCACCGCGUGUUCAUGUGUUCGUACGAGCAAUGCCCACGCCACGAGUGGCGGAAAGGAUUUACAUCGCGCGAGUUGAGAAAUCUGCACCAGGUCAACUGCCCGUACCGGCCAGGAGGUUCGCUUUCCACGCCUGCAUCUCUCACAACAGGGUCAAUCGUAGCCCAUUCCGAAGUCAGUCCCAUUAGCGUUCCUGGUGUCGACCCCGUUGGUAUCACGGCAGUGCAUGAGCUCAAUGUCCCCCCAAACAAGGGUCUUCUUCCCCAACCUAACAUGGAGGGGGGUUUAGAUCUGCACAUGCAAGGCCAUCAUCCCCACCCAGCUGGAGGAUUUAUUGCCUCCAGCAAAUUGAACAUGGGGUUCCAGGCACCGGUUAUUGGACAUCCAAUUCCAAUGCAGGCUUGUAAUCUGAACCUCCCACAAGACGGUGGAGUAGCUGCCACUAAUCGCCUUAAGGCAACAGCUGAUCACUUGCAUGACCUUUUUGCUGGACUGUAUGGGGAAGGGGGGAUGUCGCACGGUGCGAGCAGUAUUGUCGACGUCGAGCCCAUGGGAAGUGCCAACAGUGGAACGCAUUGCGCGAUCGAUGCUGGUUUGAGUCGAUUAAACCCUGGAAGACCCAUGCCUGUUGGAAUUGAGAGGCCUUGCCACAGUGCAGGUGGACCUGGCUUGGGCAGGGAGCUUGGAGGUGCGCUUGCAGCGCCUGCAGAAGAGUCAGCAGCAAUCGAAAGUGAGUGUGGCAGUGUAUCAUUCAUGGGAGGUUUCCCACCCAAUGGAAGACCAGGAGGAGGAAUGCAGAUGGGUUCAUCCAUCUCUGACAAUGUACUCGACUUCCGGUCACGCAUAAUGAAGAAGGAUGUCAGACAGUGCAAUAGCAUGGGUGAGAACCCGCAGGAGAAACCUUGCGGCUUCCGCCCCAUCUGUCAAGACCGACGCGAUGAGGGGGAUGCAUCUGCAGGCUUCGAGGCUUGCAAAGGUCCUUUCAACUUCGCCGCUGAGCCUCCACGGCCUCGCCCUGUUAGAAACCAAGGAGAAGCUGCAGACCCUUUCGAAGACUUGAUCUGGUACUUCGGCGCAUGAAGACAAAGAUCGAGGACGAUGACGAAGAUUGAAGACGAAGACGAAGACGAAGACGAAGACGAAGACGACGACGACGACGACGGCGAAGAAGAAGAAGAAGAAGAAGAAGAAGCUUGAUCUUAGAGGAAACUAGCUGGACUAGGACUUUCAGGAGGGUUUCUGGCCCGAAGGCUUGGUUGAGAGGAGAAGGAGCAGCAGCAGCUGUGUCUGCAGCUGUAUGUGAGUCUGCUGUCCCACUUUGUAUUCGCAGUUAAAUCUCGCAGCGGAGGACGGAGGCUUGUCUGGCGUGCCCGGUUGUGCGAUGGUAGUAACUACAGUGGAGUUUGGCGAUGACUGUGGGAUGCAUUCAAGGUGCAGGUAUGUAUCUCCAGUGCAUUUGUACCGUCUACAAUCUACCAGCGUGGUGCUCAAGAAAGAUCUUCCCACUGCAGUGGAAGGGGGAAUCUUUGCUGUUUUCUUUGUUUCGCGACAUUUUCAAUUGAUUUAGAUUGCUCUGCGGCAAUGCGUACACAACACCACGUCAACCAUUUUUCUUCGUAGAGUGAGUCAAUCCUAACAACAGCUCUGGAAAAGAAGGUUCAUACGCAGUCUGGGGCAAGUAGCCGUGAGCGGCUCAGCUCUGUAUGUGUACAGAAAGCCUCAAGGUAGUUACAGGCAAAAGCGGGCUGGUCUCAGGUACAAGCGGCUAGGAAAGGGUUCUCUCCAAGCAUCUGCAGGGGCAAUUCUUCAAAGGUGAAACAUCAUCAUAACUGCAUCCCAUCCGAAGGGGGAGAGGGAGGGACGGCACACAUUUUUCUUUUUCUUUUUUAUCUGAACUGAGGUAUCGAUUGGUAGUGGUCUGCUUGCUCUGUGUUGCACAGUCUGUGAUUAUAGGUUUUCUCUCAGUUCGCACACGUUCGUUCCUGUUAGGACAUGUAUAAUUCAAUAACAGUUUGUUCCUUCCAAUCUCUGGACAAACAUGUUUUGCAGGGUACGUACAAUUGAGUUCGAACAGCUUCACAGAAAGAAGCAAAUGAGUGGUGCUAACAACGCUGCUGAGUCAGAAUCUCCAAUGAAGGUCACAGUCUGUCUCUUAUACACAUCUAGAUGUGUAUAAGAGACAGCACACACACACGCACACACGGCCGACUUUUACUCUGCGGUGUGGUGCAGUGAACGUCGGCCCUCUCUCUCUCUCUCUCACACACACACACACACACACACACACACACACACACACACGGGGCCACUCUCUCUCUCUCUCUCUCUCUCUCUCUCUCUCUCUCUCUCUCUCUCUCUCUCUCUCUCUCUCUCUCUCUCUCUCUCUGUGUGUGUGUGUGUGUGUGUGUGACACACACACACGGGGCGAUGUGGGCAGCUACCGCUCAACCACAAUGCAUGUGGGCAGCCUUGUACGUAAGAGGCACAGUAAAUGGGUAGCUGCAAAAAUGGAAGGGGUACCCCAAGGAUAACCAAAAAAUUGUCUAAUUCAACUAAUUCCUCUAAUUGUAAAAUUGCUUUUAAAUGU